UUUUUCUCCACAAACAUUUUGCCUCUCUUAGAGUGAGAUAAUAAUAAAGAUAAAGUAGCAAUAGUACUAUUACUACUAUAGUAGCAUUAUAAAAAAGCAAACUAAACUUAGUUUAUAUAAGUAAGUCUCAAAAACCCUCAACUUCUUUUUUAUGUACCCUCUUUUGUUUUAACCUCUUUCAAGCCAAACACAUUUACAAGAAAGAGAAAGAAAAAAAUGGAAGAUCAAUGUAGCCCUCUUAGCUGGCCUUAUAACUACUACCUAGAAGAGGGGAUAGAGGAAUUGAAGCAUUCAUUGGUGUACACAACAUUGGAAUUGGAGAAUACUGUGAUUUCAGCCCAUGAGGAACUUGCAAGAAAAGAUGAGGAGAUUUUGCAACUUAAGGAUCUAUUGACUAGAGUUAUGAAAGAAAGAGAUGAAGCACAAGGCAAAUUUCAAAGGAUUGGAAUGGAGAAAAUUGUACUACAACAACAAUUGCUCCAACAACAACAAGUACAAGUACAAUUUCAAUUUCAAAAACAUAACCAAAAUAAUGUUGUUAUAGAAAGUACACCUAUUUCUAGUGGCACAACAAUUAGUCAUGAUAAUCAAGAACAUGACCAAAUUUUAAAAGGGGUAGUUGACUCUAACCACAACAACAACAUUUGUGUACUUUCUAAUUCCUCAGAUUGUGAUGAAAACAAUGUUGUUUCACCACCAUUAUUAGUCCAAGAUUUAAUCGAAAAUGUUGUAAUCAAGAAGCCAUUGCCAGAGAAGGGGAAAUUCUUGCAAGCUGUGAUGGAAGCAGGGCCAUUACUUCAAACACUUUUACUAGCAGGACCACUACCUCAAUGGCAACAUCCACCACCACAACUCAACUCAAUCGACAUUCCUCCGGUCACUAUUACCUCCCCUACUCCGCGUUUACUACAUCAGGACUCUGCCCUGAGUAGUAGCACCGGGGGAAUCUCCCCCGGUGCUAGAACAUGUUUUGGGCAAAAAAGGGAUGUUGUUGGUGCUGGUUUUAACAUUGUUGAAGGCAUUGAUACUCCUUCAAAGUAUCAAAAAGUUGUUCACCAAUCAUCAUUGACCAACAUGUAGUGCUUUUCCUUCUUUUCCCACCUCUAUAAUUAGCUCACCUUAAGUAGUAUAGUAAUUUUUUUUUUCCCUCUCUUCUGAAAUUUACUGGCUCGACUAAUUUAGAUUUGAGCUGUGUAGGGCCCGUUACAUGGAAAAGUAAGUGCUCCCAUCAGGAGUUAAGUUACCUGAAGGUGGAGGAAUUUCAUCCAUCUCGCCACAACCCUGGUUUGGUUAAGUUUAGAUAGUAGCAUAUGCAUUAUCCAUCCUUUUCAUAUGAAAAAGGAGGUAAAAAUUACUAAGCAUGAAAAUGGAUGGAUAUCAUAUGCAUGCCAUUUAAUUCCAUCCAAUUAGGAUCUUUGUAAAAUUAGUUGGUUUGCCUUAGAAACUAAGCAAUCCUCUUAAUUAUUAGCUAACCAAGAUUUAGAGGAUUUUGACAAAAGGCCUAAUUAUGAAUGGCCUUUUACUUAGUUACAUAUUUGGGUUUUUUUUCAAGAUCAAUGUCGCACUAUAAAAGUGUUGUAUUCUUGAUCAUGACUUGGUGCUUUGUUUUUUAAGCCCUUUGAUUUGGAUGGAGAGAGGAGUUUGAUCUUUUAUUUUAAUUAUUUCCCCAUGUAAUAUGAGUUAUUGGGGAUUUUUUUUAAUUUUUUUUUUACUAUAUGUAUACUUUGCUAUCUUUUUUCUCUUGGUCUAAUUUUGCAUAAAAAUACUAUGCAAGGUGUAUCUUGAGAGAUUAUGAUGUUGUAGACUUGUUUGUCAUCAUUGAGAAGAUGAUUUAGUUUAAUGAAGGCUUUUGUUUUCCUU